GGCUGUGAAAUGGCGGGUUGUGGCCUGGCCGAGGGGCCUCUGCCUGGAGUCCCCCGGGCCAGGCUGUGCCUCCUCCCGUAGGGCCCUCAGGUUCCUCCUGCUGGUCUCCAGAUGAGCUCCAGUGAGGAAUAGCAUCCAGUUUUCACAUGGAAAUGAAUGUACAGGUUGAAUAAUCAUCCCCUGAUACGGCUUCUCUUCAGAACUCAUGUUUUUUACUUUUAUUUCUAAUCUGACACUUAGCUGGGAGACUUCUGAGAGUUUCUCAGUAUUUGCUUUAGGCCAUAAACAAAAGUUAAGUGUCAUCACUGCUGCUAUGUCCUGGGUACAAGUUGUAGCUAGUCGAUCCAAUGAGGACAUAUUUGAUGAAGAUGCAGAUGAGAUGUAUCCAGUACAGAAAGAAUGGAAUAACACCAUGAAAAAAAGAUUGAAGGAGGGCUAUAGAGAUGGUGUUGAGGCUGGGAAAGAGCUUGCAAUUCAGGAAGGCUUCAAUCAAGGUUAUAGACAAGGUGCUGAGCUGAUGGUUACGUGUGGUCAAUUCAAAGGGACCCUGAAUGCCCUCUUAUCCUGGUGUCAUCUUAAUGGACAUGAUUCUGCUUUAAAAGAGAUAAAUAACCUUCUAGAGGUCAUUGGAAAGCAUGAAGAAGACCUACUUAAGCAUCUGAAUUCUAUUCACCUACAGCCAAAUGUUGGAGACAUUUUAGAUUCUGUUGAGGACAUGGACCUUAGUCAUAUUGCUUCAGCUGGGCCAGAGUGCAGUAAAGCUAAUGCUGAAAAAUAUGAACAUGUUGGCAGCUCUGGUGAAAACUGUUACAGAAAUAAUGGUGAGGAUGGUUCCUUGUGGUCUGACUGCAACAGGGAGAAAGUCCUUGCAGAUUCUGAGAAGUCAACUCUUGCUUGGGUUAAAAAGCAAACUGUUUGGCUGGUAGAACAACUGGGCUUAUCACUGGACGUACUCCAUCACAUCCAGCAACUGGAACAUUAGUUCGUCCGUCUCAUGCUAUUUCAAGUUAGCUCAGCUGGAUUGGAUUCUCACUUUUUGGGUCCAGGCUGAUGAAACACUUCACUGUAGGGAAGUCUGAUCUGAUACUUCCCAGCAGAGGUUGUUAAGUCUGACCUUGCUUUGUUUCCCAGCCAGAUAAACCCUGGUUUCAAUUGGAAGCAUAUCUUCUACAGAAAAGGGAGAUGAUGUUUAACACUCUGCAAUGAUUCGCUAUCAUGUCUCUCUAUGUCAGAAUCUGUCCUUUCACCUCAUUUUAUCUGUUGGUAUCUUUUUGGAAAUAGAGCAGGUCCCUCAAGCAACAUUUUCUACUGUAUAAAACAAACAAACAAACCAACACAGAUAACACUCCAUUGCUGUGGACAAAGCUAGUCUUACAAAGUGGUCUGCUGUUGAUUACAUGCUAACCAUACAAAACAGAACAGGCUCUACUGAUUUUCAGAGUGCCAGAAGUUUCCCUAGUUCAUCUUUUGUCAGAUUGCUUCUCUUACCUUGUAUAAUCACUGUGUAGUGCACAUUCACAGUUAUUGUUUCUUUCCCCCUCUUCAUACAAUUCUAUGUAUUUCACUUUUGCUGGAAGCACACCACUAUGCCAAACAAAUGCCAAACUUGCAUUGCUGUGCUGUUCUUACAGAAAACUGUCUACUCUUACCCACAUCACACAUUUCUAGUUUAAUUAGUGCCUUUAUGUUAUUUUUGUACUUAUUUGUUAGAUUCUUAAUCUUGAACACUCUUGUUUAUAGUGUAUUUCUCAAACUCUAGAAGGAAGCCAGGUUUAUUCACUGUCUCUUGAAAACAUGGAUAGUCAAACACGUGUCAAACAACUUCAUAUUUCUGUUCCAACAUCCUGUAUUUAAUUCAUUUUCCUUUGUUGUAAGCAACUAUAUCUGCUGCCUCCUAUUCUUUAAACCAGUUUUGGAUCACCCAAGAAAGGUAGAAGUAGAAAAGAAGAAAUCCUUUACCCUUUUCUGAGGAUCAGGGCUCACCAAGCAUCCCAAAUAGUGAUGUCCAGGUAGCGAUGCUUCCCUUUGGGCUGCAAGUUACGUAGGGGUGGAUCCAGGGAUUGACCUCUUCCAGUCAACCAGGCAAAUUGCUUCUACCUGCGCUAUACCCCUUCACCAUGACUUAAUGGUUCCCAUACACAUGCCUAAACUGUAGGUGCAAAUUCCUCUGGUUAGAUAUUCAAAAAGAAAAGAUUUCCUAUCUCUGUUUUAUAGUAAUCAAUCACUAAGUCAAGAGUUCUUGUACUUUAUUUCACUUUUACAAUUCUUCCAUGUCUCACACAAAGUAAGUCUAGACAGAGAGAAGUCAGUUGUUCAAACCUUAACUAGAACUAAACAGAAAAACGUCACAGAGUAUUUUUAUACUUCAAAGCCAAAACCAAGAAGCAAGAAUUAAAAACUGAUUCUCUGGAAAAAAUAAUGUAAAUUUUAAAAUAAAAACUAUUAUCCUGCCAUGGAGUUGUUAUA